AUGCGAUGCCAUCAGAACUUACAGGCCGGUGGCUGUGGUCAAGUUUGCGACGUGUACGAGGACGAGCUUGUGUGCGUGCUGCGUAGGGUCACUGAAUGUGCUGUGUGUGUGUGUGUGUCCAGCUGUGAGCAGCACCUUGCGGCAGCUGCACGCACAGCUGGCCAAUCAUUACCAGCUAAAUCACGAGCUACACUAGGGUUGACACACGACACGCAUCGCUGUUGA